GAUGGAGACCCUGAGGAGAAGCUUCUCCCGCUGGAAGAGAUACCACAUCAAGGUCCACCUGUCUGAGGACGAUGUUCUGCUGCCCCUGACGGUGCGCCCCACCGACAACAUGAUGGACCUGCGGGCUUACCUGGUGAGGGAGGGCGUCACCUCAUGGAAAAAGACCUUUUAUUACAACGCCCGGCAGCUCGGGGAACACGAGACGGUGAAGGACGCCAAAAUCCAGAACGGGUCUGUUCUCCUACUCGUCAGUGAUGAAAGAUGAUGCUCUCCCGGCCAGAGCCAAGGAAGGAUGUGAGAAAUGAAGAGAGGUGAUGAAGACCGAGGGGAAGCAGAUGGGG